AUGUGGCCCGGCCAAGCCAUGACUCUCAAGGUCAACCAAGUAAUCCACCACGAGAAGAGCAAGUACCAAGACGUCCUCAUCUUCGAGUCCAGCGACUAUGGAAUGGUGCUGGUGCUGGACAAUGUUAUACAAUGUACGGAGAGGGACGAGUUCUCCUACCAGGAGAUGAUCACCCACCUCGCCAUGAACGCCCACCCCAACCCGGAGAACGUCCUCGUCAUCGGCGGCGGCGACGGCGGCGUCCUGCGCGAAGUCGUCAAGCACUCGUGCGUCAAGAAAGCGAUCCUCUGCGACAUCGACGAGGCCGUGAUCCGGCUCUCCAAGAAGUACCUGCCGGGCAUGAGCGUAGGCUUCCAGCACCCGGCCGUCGAGACCGUUGUUGGAGAUGGCUUCAAGUUCCUCGCGGACCGCAAGAACGAGUUCGAUGUCAUCAUCACGGACAGCAGCGAUCCGGAGGGCCCGGCGGAGAGCCUGUUCCAGAAACCCUACUUUGAGCUGCUGAACGGGGCGCUCAAGGAUGGUGGUGUCAUCACCACGCAAGCGGAGAACCAGUGGCUCCACAUGCCGCUCAUUGCCCAGCUGAAGAAGUCGUGCAAGGAGGUGUUCCCGGUUGUCGAGUACGCCUACACAACCAUUCCGACCUAUCCAUCGGGACAGAUUGGCUUCAUGGUCUGCUGCAAGGAUGGGAGCCGUAAUGUGAAGAAGCCGUUGAGAUCCUGGUCGCAGGAAGAGGAGGAGAAGCUGUGCAAGUACUACAGCAAGGAGAUCCACGAGGCCUCAUUCGUAUUGCCGAACUUCGCAAGGAAGGCGUUGCGGUAG